AUCAGUAGAGAUACGACAUGUCAGCAGGUUUGGAGGGGCGGGAGUGGAUGACAAGUGAAGGAUCCCAGUAGGUGAAAGUGAUAAAGCUGGCAAGGCAACUCGACCGUGCAGAGGCUCUCAAGAAGGGUCGCUAUAAAAGGACAGCUGGCCUCCAAAGUAUCGCCACUCAAGGACUUGCCCACAGCUCACACCAAGGCCUUGACACAUUGGCAGAAUCUGAUUAAACAAGAGACGCCAUGGAUUUUGUGCACAGCAACGGGGUGCUGGUCAUUCAACAUCUGCAAAAAAACUACAGGGAGUACCAAAGCUUUGUACACUUCAUGUCUUCCAUCGGCGAUCCCCGGAAUAUCUUCUUAGUUUAUUUUCCGCUCUGGUUUCCACUGAGUCAUGUCGUCGGCACAAAGAUAAUUUGGGUGGCUGUUAUUGGUGACUUUGCAAACCUUAUUUUUAAAUGGAUAUUAUUUGGUCAUCGUCCAUACUGGUGGGUGCAAGAAACGCAGUUCUAUCAAAACAGCUCCCAUCCACAUCUUGAACAGUUUCCCAUCACCUGUGAGACUGGACCAGGCAGCCCCUCCGGACAUGCCAUGUGUUCUUCCUGUGUCUGGUAUCUAAUGGUGACCUCAGCUCUUCGCUACAAGGACAACCCACCAAACCAACUCUAUUGGGUCACAUGGUCAGUUCUGUGGACAACUUUUUGGGUCAUUCAGAUCAGCGUUUGCAUCUCCAGAGUCUUCAUUGCUACUCAUUUUCCUCAUCAAGUUGUCCUUGGUGUAUUUGCAGGCAUGCUGGUGGCCGAAGUUUUUCAACACAUGCCCUGCAUUCAAACUGCCAAUCUGCAAGUCUACUUGAAAAUCAGCCUGUUGCUCCUCAGCACUGCACUCUCAUUCUACCUGACCUUAAAAAUGAUCAACGUUGAUCUCUUAUGGUCAGUCACCAAAGCCAGGAAAUGGUGUGCCAACCCGGAGUGGGUCCACCUGGACAGCAGCCCCUUUGCGGGGCUAGUGAGGAACCUGGGGGUUCUUUUCGGCUUGGGCCUCGGAAUAAACUCCCAGAUGUUUAACCAGAGCUGCAAAGGCAAGAAUAGCUGUAAGACUGGCUUCAAAGUGGCAUGCAUGGCAGGAACGUUGGCUGCCUUGCAACUCUACGAGUUUGUGACAAUCCCCACGCAGGCAGAACUUCUCUUUUAUGUGCUGACUUUCUGCAAAAGCUCAGUGGUCCCACUGACAGUUGUGGCCUUCAUCCCUUAUAUCAUUAAUUUACUGAUGGGAAGCCGGGAAGAGAAAUCCAAAUAAGCUCAGCAUAUAGGUGGCAUUUUGUGAAGCACUUUGCCAGUUUUUCUCAGCAUGUGUAAAUUAGCAAGCGAGACUUGACAUAUGCCUUAAGAUUCCUUUACAUCUUCAUUUCAUUUCCAUGUUUGCUAGAUGAGCCUCCUUGGGCAAAAGAGACUUUUUUUUUCCUGUGUCUUCUAAAGAUUUCAGAUACAACUGGCACAACACACAUAAGUCAAUAACAUUGAUGCGUGGAACUCUGAUGUAAGGAGUUCUAUGGAAUCAAUUUUUUUAAACAUAAAAUCUGUAUUGGGUUGACAAGAACAUGAAUAUCAACCAAGAUAGAUCAGGUUAAGAUAAAUCUUUAAAUAAGAAACAGGAUGUGGAAAAAAGAAGCCCUAGGGGAUAGUAGAACAUCUCUUAUAUGGUACCACUGGAACCAAAUAGUAAGGCUCAGCAAUGCCAUAGGGGCAGAAUGGAACCCCGAAAGGAAAAAAAUAUUUCCAGAGGAUGUUUGAAGACAGCUUACCCCGAAAAGGAGCUGGGGUGUCUGACAAUUUACUUAGCGUGAAGGGUUGGCAAGAGACCACACAUCCAAUGGGGCAGUUUGAGGUGUCUCCUCAUGGGAGAAACUAAGUUGUCUUCUGUAGACAGAGGGUGAAGCUGUAGGUGGUGGUAUAAGACUUGGAUACACAGGAGGAAGAACAAGCAGCUUGGCAGAUCAAGUGUAAAGGUCCACUGGGGGUCACUAGGGGGCAUUCUGGUUUAAACUUGGGGUUUAAUUGACUUAAUGGGAGGAAGUGUGAAUUCAUUUGGGAGAAGAUUCUGAAUGCGGGUCAUUGGCAAGAAGGGGAGGCCACAAAUAUGUGUGAAA